AUGUCAAGUACGCGCAAUGAGAAGGAUCCCAACUAUCAGCAAGACAUUCAAUAUAUCUUCAAACUAAACAAUUGGAUUCUGGGCUCGAUUGGCAUAUGGCCAGUCUCGAUUCAAGGCAUCGGACGACACGCGCCCAAGAUCGCGAUCGCGCUCGGUAAUCUCGCGUUAAGUUUCGCCAUGGUGCCCUGUGCCUUGCACAUCGUAUACGACGAGAAGGAUAUCAUCAUGAGAUUGAAGCUAUGCGGCCUUCUAGCAUUCUGCCUCACCGCAAUGACAAAAUAUUGCAUCCUCGCGAUACGUCGCCCUAAGAUACUCCGCUGCAUCGAAUAUGUAAAGAAUGAUUGGUGGCAGGUAACAUUCAGAUCUGACAGGGAAUUGAUGCUGAAGUACGCGACUAUCGGUCGCAAUCUAACGAUAAUCGGCGCAUCUUUCAUGUAUACUGCCGGCGUUAUUUAUUACGGGAUUCUGAUCCCAUUCUUUUCCGAGACCAAAAUCAACAAUCAAACCAUCAGACCACUUGUUUAUCCAACUUACAAUGAAUUUUACCAAUUCCAAAUUAGUCCUAUAUACGAAAUUGUAUAUGUGGCUCAUUGCAUGUGCGGAUAUACUAUAUAUUCAAUAACAGCUGGUGCGUGCGGAUUGGCUGCUUUGUUUGUCACUCAUGCGUGUGGUCAAAUCCAAGUGAUCAUGUCACGAUUGAAAAAUCUCUUAAACGACGAAAACUCAAACAUUCAUCAACGGAUCGCUAUCAUCGUGAAGGAUCAUGUCCGCAUAGUAAGAUUUUCAGCUGUGGUAGAGGAAGUUUUACAAGAAGUAUGUUUAGUGGAAUUUACUAGUUCUGUAUGCACAAUAUGUCUACUUGAAUACUACUGUAUAGUGGAUUGGAAAGACGACAAUAAGCUUAGCUUAGCAACUUAUUUUUUGCUCUUCAUUUCGUUCUGCUUCAAUAUAUACAUAUUGUGCUAUAUUGGCGAGCUUCUCAUGGAAAAGAGCAUUGAAAUUGGAUCAAUGUGUUAUAUGAUCAAUUGGUACCAAUUAUCGCCAAGAUCUGUCCGCAGUCUUGUACUGAUAAUUGCUAUGUCCAGCCAUCCUAUAAAACUUAGUGCCGGUAGAAUGGCAGAUCUGUCAUUAACGACUUUUGGAAAUGUGAGACAUUAA